AUGCCUGCCGGUGCGAACUCGCGAACGCCGGCGACGGACUUCGUCCAGGACUACGCGGCGAAGCGGCAGGCCCAGAUGGAGCGGGCACGGCAGCUGCGUGAGGACCGCCUUCAGCAGCAGCAGCAGCGUCAGCCGUCCCCCAAAAAAAGCGGCGGCGGUGGCGGAACUGCCUACAACUCCUCCCCGGCAUACACGGCGGUGCCCUCCCCCAGUAGCGGCGGUACAACAACGGCGGCGCCGACUUCGCGUCAGCCCCCACCGCCGUCGCUCCACGUGCCGCGCUCCAGCCACGUCACCCCCGGUCACGGUAGCGCCACCAGCGGCUCCUCGCCUGGGAAGUGCGGGGAUGGAUGUGUUCUCUACGUCAAAGAACAGGACUUCAAGCAGGCCACGCAGGCCGGCAUCAUCACUCCCGACCAGGCGCGACAGCUGUGGGCAAUGCUGUCGAACCAGAUCAUCCGCGUGUGCUCACCGUCAGCGCACGCAAACGCCGUUUCUGUGAGCAGCCUGCUGGCGCUGUCGAACAACUCCUGCAACUCCUCUGGGCGGGCAGCGGGCGGCCCUCAGUCGGCCGGCGGCAGUGAGUUCGGCGCCAGCAUUUCAUUGGAGUCGCUGCGGACCAGCAUCGCGUACUUCAAGCGGGAGCAGCAACGGCUGCACCAGCAGGGCGGUGGCGGUGCAGCCGGCGCAGCCCCCGGUUCUACCCCCCAGGGUCACCACCCGCUGUCCUCCUCGCCGCCAGCACUCAGUAACACAGCGGGGCAGCCCUUGUCGCAGUCGCGUGGCGCGUCCCAACGUCAGCUGCAGUACGACGGCACCGACAGCAAUGACACCGAGCAGCGAACACUUGGCGCACCGAUGCCGCUGCGCGGUGGCGGUGGCGGUGGCGGGGGUCGUCCAGCUUGGAACUCAGAUGUGGAGGUGCAUCACGAGGACAACUUCGACGACAAACGUAGCAGCGGCGCGGCGGCGCUCAAGAAGCCGCGGACGGGGAGGACUAACACGGUGCGGCCGGCUGCCAAAGGUCCCGCCGCACCGCUGUCGCCGGCUUCUGGUGCUAGUGGUGUUUUCGGCACCUCUGCCCAAGGCGGCGGCUACGGCAACCACGGCGAAGAGGCAGGCAACAACGUGUACAUGCCGCCGCAGCCCUCCUCCGGCGUGCCUCGAGGCGCCAAGACUGGUGGCUCAGCUGCUACUGGUCGGCGCCUCCCUGCAAGCCGUCCGACAGCGCCACCGCCCUCAUCGGGCGCACCCGUGAACCUGGAUGAAGUGCCCGUCGGCGGCGGCGGCGGUGGCGGCAUGAAUGACUGGGCCAACGCCUACCCACCAGGUAUGGUGCCACCGACGAGCAUCAGUGGCAACGAUGCCAUCGCUGCCGAGGCGGCGGCGGCAGCGCAGGAGCCAAUGCAAGAGUGCCGCACCUGUGGCCGCGGAUUUCGUAUAUCGGUGGUUGUGCGGCACGAGGCCCUGUGCCGCAAUCAGGCAAACAAACCACGGAAGGUCUUCAAUAUGCGCGAGCAGCGACUGGACGGUGUCGAGGGGAUCAAGGAGGUACAGCGGACCGUGGCACGGAGCGGUGGUGUUGGCGGCGGUCGCGGUGUUGGUGGCGGUGGCGGACGCGGCGGUGGCGGCGACGCAGCAGCAGCAGGGGCGGCCAAGGGCAAGCUCCCCAAGUGGAAGGUUCAGCACGAACAGUUCCAGGCUGCGAUGCGAGCGGUUCGCCAGCAAAAGGAGGCUGGAGGCGGCUUCGGCUCCGGGCGGCUGGCACCGCCGCCUGCCCCGAUUCCGGAGGAGUACGACGAUCGCGUCCCGUGCCCUCAUUGUGGACGUAAGUUCGCCCAGGAGGUGGCGGCACGGCACAUUCCAAAGUGUGCGACGACCAUUGCGAAGCCCAAGGGCAUUCGCCCGAUUCGCCGAUGA